AUGUCCAACCCCGAAGUCCAAAGUCUGCGCGACUCUGCAGUCAUCAUUGUCAUCGACCUUUUCGGUUUGACCUACUUUUCUCUCUUUGUUCUCCAAUAUCUGCUCUUCCAUUUCCCCUCAACUACAGAUGCGAUCAUUAAUUCACUCUCCGUCAUCUCUUUUUGCGGCGGCGGAAUAUUGUGGUACUUGUCAAGCUUGGUUUACCGAUUAAUAUCUGCGUUCCAGGGAGACGACGCAGCCAACUGGCAAAAGCUUGAGUUCGGGGGGAUUUUGAUCCUUAUCUGGGCGUCAACGAUUCCAGCCGUGGUCUUGCUAUUCCCCGCACAGCCUUCCAUCCAGCUUGGCUAUUUGUUUGCAUUCACCUUGGUUGCCGUUGGGAACUUAGUGGACUUUUUGAUUUGGGAUCCCAGCAUCUCUACGGCACGAACGAGAUUCCCUUACCACUGUGUCUCACUGGGACUGCUUUCACUGGUUCCAACCAUCCACGCCCUGACUGGGACGGUACCCACUCUUUCGCUGCUCGCCGUUCACAUCGGUCGCUUCGCGAUAUGCAAUACUCUCGGUGCUGUAGUUUACAUGAUCCAACCAUUGGAGACUAUAGGCAUAUUUGGUAGCUGGAGGUCCAGCCUCUACAUGAUGCACUUGGCUUUGGCAUACACUGCUGUUCGUUACUCUAGAGUUGUAUUGGAAACGGCAUUAGGGCUUACCCCCUGA